AUGGGUAAACAUUCAUGCAUCGCUUGGGCUCCAAUUCUAUGGGGAAAGUGUCGUGUUUUAUUUCUGAGAAAUAAUAAGAAAGCCAAGUUAUCAAAAGUUGACAAUGAAUCUGUUCACGAGGGACAUCAUAUCCCUGAUCUUCCUUUUCAUAUCAUCACCAACAUACUCCUUAGACUUCCCGCAAAGUGCAUCUUCCAGUUGAGGCACCAUACUAGAUCAACUGACUUGUUAUAUGAUUUAACCACGGAUCCGUACUUUAUGCGCGCACACCUAGACCAAGCCCGAGCUACUCCAACCAUUGUUGUGCGAUCUCUUUCGCAACCCAUUGACAAUUGCAUAGAGCUUUUUCUUUUUGAUGAUAAAGCUGAGUACGUUGAGGCUACAAGCUUCGAUCUUAGUUCAUAUGGCGAGGAGCGCCCAACUGAUCUCUGGGGUUCAUAUGAUGGGUUUCUUUUAUUCACAAGCCAAUCCAGGCAUUUAUGGCAAUUCUGUAUUUGGAACCCGAUCACAAAAGAACAACUAACCGUCACCUCGCCAAGUCGUCUUUUAUCUGUCUGUGGAUUUUACUUCCAUCCAUGUAAAAAGGAGUACGAAAUGGUUGUAUGUCGCUAUACUGCACGAAAAUUCGACUUUCAGAUUCUUAAUUUAAGAACUAAGCAUAGAAGAAGUGUUGGUAGCGGCUCUUACCCUCCAAGUACAAAAAGACCACCUGUAUUUAUCAACGGGACGUUUUACUGGAUGGUGGAUUAG